AUGACACGUGUUAAGCCUGGCCAGCGCCAGCGAGCCCGGGCCCCCAAAGUUCGCAGUGGCUGCAUCACCUGCAAGGAUCCAGUCCCGUUGGCGACAGAACCACAGGCACCACCGGCGACACUCACACCAUGCAGGGACCCUCGAGAGUCACGGGCCCUCCAGUUUUACUUUGAGCAAACGCUGCCACAGAUCUCGACUUUCUUUCCUGAUGAGCUGUGGAGCGUCUGGGUCCCACAGCUGGCUCAGUCAGAACCGAGUAUACGGCAUGCUCUAGUCACGCUAGCGUCCUAUCACGAACUCUUUACCCGCCACGAGGACGAGAGUACGACUUAUCUGGCCCUUCAAUACUAUAACAAAGCUAUCAAGGAUAUACUGUACACAGCCAAGUCUCCACGUGGGCUAUUUGUCCAUUUUCUGUCGUCUGCACUUUUCAUUUGCAUCGAGAUACUGCGGGGGCGGGUGGCUCAUGGGAUAGUUCUUCUCAAGCGCGCGAUUGGGCUCCUGCGAGGAAUACAGAAGCGUCGAUGUGGAGGCCCAACAUCCAACAGCAGGGAAGACUCGUCCGAUCUCGAUGCAGUUAUCGGCUUAGUAGAGGCGUUUUUAUUCCGCUUGUCGUUGCAAGCCUUCCUGCUAGUCGGAGACCUCGAUGACGAAAUUUCGAGCAUCGCAUUGUCCACAAUCAAAUCCAGUAAAUCGACCCUAUCUAGUCAUACUAUUUUCCAUUCACCUACAGAUGCCCGAAAUUCACUCCUCGAAAUUGUGAUUUUAUGCAUGAAACGAGGUCAGGAGGGAGUCCUAGCUUUUAGCCACUGGCGUAAUGCCUUCGACCGAUUCUGCUUCACCCGCCGUUACAGGAUGACAAGUCCUGCCGAUAGGCGGACUAAGGCACUGUUACAGCUCUACCGGGAAUACCUCGAGGUGGAGAUCUCGGUGGCAGGGUUUCAGAGCCGGGAUGACCCGUCGGUAUGGGAUCGAUACUAUGACUUGUUUCGCCGUAUGGUCUACUGUGCCGAACAGGUACGGGAUGUGAAUAAUGGCUCCGUAAAUACGCAGCCUCACUUCCACCUAGAUAUUGGCACGGUGCCAAUCCUCUAUUCCAUAGUUCUCAAGUGUCGAGAUCACCAAGUGAGAGAACGGGCAUUAAUGACCUUACAGUCCCAAACUCUACUGGAGGGUCUCUGGAAUAGUAACCAGCUUCUACCAGUGGCUCAGCGAGUUGUCGUGCUCGAGGGAGGAACGUCAGCUUCAUCGCCCCAGGACAUCUCGAAUAUGAUACGGGUGAGGAAGGUGCUGACAAAAUUUGAGUUUCAUGAGAAAUUAAUCCUAUACUAUCAUCUGUCGAGUGGAUGGGUGAAGGAAUCUGUUGACAUCAAAGAGGAUUCGCGGUACCAGCGCUCCAGAAGUUCUCAGUCCAUGCUGGUUGGCUCAGCUGCAGAGGAGCAAACCCGCUAG